UCUCACAACUCUGUACUACCCAGUUUCAAUAUUCCCUCCCAAACUACACUCGAUUUGACUGAAUCUUCCAGUUUAAACCCUAGAAUCAUGCCUCCAAGGAAGGAGCUCUGUAGGAAUUUUCAGCGUGGCAGUUGUCAGUAUGGUGAUCGCUGUAAGUUCCUUCAUGCCUCACCCUCGCCCCAACAAUCAAAAACCAAUCCUUUUGGAUUUGGCAUGCAAACUAGUGCAACAUUUCAGCGCACAAAUCAGCAACAACAGAUGCCCAACCCCUUUGGUUUUGGUGUUCAGAACAAUAAUCAGCUAAGAGGGGCCAAUAAUUUUGGAUCUCAACCAAAUCAAUUCAAGCCAUUCGAGAAUAAGUGGACUCGUUUCUCUCCCAUAAACAGCAGUAGUGCCUCUGCUUCACGGCAAUCUGAAAAUCAGCCACAAGCUCCUAAUCAUAAGUGCACGGAUUCUGAGUCCUGCAGACGCGUGAUAAUGGAAGAUCUUGAAAAUGAGAAGCCCCUGUGGAAGCUUACUUGUUAUGGUCACAAUAGAAAUGGUCCCUGUGACAUUGUCGGUGACAUCAGCUGCGAAGAGUUGCGUGCGUUAGCAUAUGAUGAUGCAAAACAAGGAAAAAGCUUGCAGUUCAUUAUUGAGAGAGAAAGGAGCUUGCUAAAUUCCAAGUUAGUUGAAUUUCAGAACCUUGUACAGAAACCUCACACAGUUUCCCCUUUUGGUACUCCUAGCACUCAGAAUCCAUUUGGUACUCCGAGCACUCAGAAUCCAUUUGGUGGAGGCAGUUUAAAUGCUCCUAAUAUCAACAAUGUUGUGCCUCCUCCAGCAUCAAAUUUUGGUCAAUUGACUGCAUCCCUAAAUACAGGGUCUGCUGCUGUGCCUAAUUAUACCUUUGGGCAAUCAAGUAUCUUCCAGAACAAUAGUCAGCCGUCUAACAUGUUUCAGAUGAACAAUUCACCUUUUAACAGUUCAGUAGGCACCUCCGGUAGUCAAGUUCCUCAACAAUCGGUUCAAAGGCCCUUCUUUGGUUCAGCAAGCUCCACCAGCAGUGCAAUAAAUGCUCACAGCAAUCCUUUUUCAACUUUUGCGAACAUACCGACAGGAAGUGCGUUUGGUAAACAGUUGGACUUUGUCUCUAAUGGACCCAAUUCGGCUUCAAGUGCUAUUGGACAGUCCAGCAUCCAGCUUAAUGAUAACUUGCCAGCAAAUCCUAAUGUGGAUGAUAGCAUUUGGACAAAAGCUGAAUGGAAAUGGAAUGUUGGAGAGAUCCCUGAAGUACCACCUCCAGAUAUUUAUAUUCACUAGAGUUGGUGAUUGGACCAAUACCAAACUUCAUGAAUCAUCCAACGGAUGCAAACUCCAAAUGUUCUUGAAGACUGGAUGGGUGGAAGGUUGCUGGAUUGAAAAAUUAUGCCACCCAGAUGAUUCCGAUACAGGUACUAGUAUGUCAUCUUUCACACAUGUAUGUGUGCCAGAAUUUGUCGAGUGGGGGGUGGGGAUGUAUUCUAAAUUCUCCAAAAUCAUACAUAAGCUGCAGAUUUAUGCAUGGUAUGAUUGGAAACUGAGGAAUUUGUGGUCUAAGUUUGGUAGCUGCUAAUUGGUGAUCUUUGUACGUAAUAUCAAAUCAAGAACGACACAGGUUAUGCAUGUUCAUCAAAUUUACAGAAAGGCGCACAUUAGCAUUUGAGUUUUUUCGUUUAAAAUUGAGGCUUGGAAAUAAUUGUAUCAGUAUAUAUUCAUGUGUUGACGUUUAUAAAAAUGUGCUAAUUGUUAUUUUGUUCAAACAAUAAUUGUGUGUUGUAGCUCAAGUCUGGUAUUAAGAUUUUCUAGUGUUGAAAAAUUACAUUGAAA